AUGACUCUGUUGAACUUCGUUGGACUGCGACACGGAGUCAAAUUUAAGAAGGAAAAGAAGUAUCCCACUAUUACUAGUUUGAUGGGUAAAAUGUUAAAAUCUGAUAGUAUCAUUCGUCCUAGACGGAUAGCAGCAGGUAUUGAAAACCAAAAACUUAGAAGCGGUCUGCCAAUACUCAAAAUUAAUGAUAAUAAUGAUUUGAAAUUGAAUGUAUCACCAUUUGAUAAUACUGGGAGCUUACAUAGUUUUUCAAACAAAAUUAGAAAACAAGACCAACAUCAUAAGAGCGUCCGUGGUAAACUUUUAGAAGAACUCGAACAUUAUUGCGAUAAAACAACUUUGCAUGGCCUUCGAUACGUUGGUGACACUUCUCUUACUUUGUGUGAAAGGGUUUUUUGGUUAAUCGCGUUCUCAGUGGCAAUUGGUUUCGCGGCUUACUACAUCACCAAUAUUUACGAUAAAUGGAAUUCCUCUCCUGUAAUAAUCAGUUUUAGUCCAUUUGACGCACAAUUGCAAGACAUACCAUUCCCUGCAGUCACCAUUUGCAAUAUGAACCAAGCCAAAAAGACAGAGGUCAUCAAAAUCAAAGCUGAUGGAAAUCCAAGAGAUUUAAAACUGUUGGACGAUAUAUGCAAUAGCAACGAAACUAUUAAUUCCACUGAUUCUACAGGAUAUAACUGGACGAAUCUACGCAAUUUUCUUAUAAGGGUGGGUAAUUCUUGCUCAGAUAUGCUCAAGCAAUGCAAAUGGUCUAGCAAUGGAAGAAGUUGUGACGAUUUAUUUAAUAAUGACUUAACUGAUGAAGGACUAUGUUGUUCUUUUAACAGACUACCACCGAAAUAUAUUUUCAGAAAUCCAAGCGAAGUCUCACUACAAUUGAAUCAAACAUAUUCAGAGUACAUUUACGAUUGGACUCCAGAAACUGGCUUUCCAGAAGGAUACAAUGAUACAUACAUACCCAAAAGGCCUUUAGGUGCUGGAGCACAUUUAGGACUUUCAAUAGUUUUAGACGCUCAAGUAGACGAAUAUUAUUGUUCGUCUACCAGCAGCAUUGGCUUUAAAAUAAUUAUAGGAAAUCCGAUAGAAACACCCAAAAUGGCAGAUUAUGGUACUCUUUUAAGUCCUGGAGUGGAAGCAAGAUUUUCUAUAAAACCUUCAGUACGUGAAGCUUCUGUAAAUUUGAGGAGUGUACCAGUAAAUAAGCGUCAGUGCUAUUUUGCAAACGAAAGAAAACUGGCAUACUACAGGACUUAUUCGAAAAGUAAUUGUCAGCAGGAAUGUGCCAGCAAUUUGAUUUAUAAGACUUGUGGCUGUGUUCCAUACUACCUUCCUAAGGGCCCAACAAUGAAGUUUUGCGAACAAGACGAUAGCGAUUGUGUAUAUGAUGCUCAAAUUCGGGUAUUGAAAGAAACUGUGUCACAACCGAGCGUAUCCUGUAAUUGUUACAGUCAAUGCAGCUCGGUUACCUACGGAGCAAAAAUGUCUUAUGGGAAAUUAAACUCUACUGUAGAUCGAGUCUUCGAUUUGGAAAGCCUAGAACAUAACGAAACGAAAGACUACGCUAUAUUGCAUCUAUUCUUCAUCGAAAACCACUACGAAAAAAUCAUGAAAGCUCGCCUAUUUGACUUCACGGACUUAGUAGCUUACACGGGAGGACUGUUAGGCGUAUUCCUAGGCUUCAGCAUUUUGAGUCUAAUCGAACUUUUUUACAUCAUUGCUGCUCGUACUGUACAGAUAAUAUACGGGCAUUGGAGGAAACAGUUGCCAUUCCUAAACUAA